AUGCCGACGCUCAGCCUCUUCGGUCUCCACCACUGUCCCAUUGCAUCGCCGUUGUCACUACUGAUUCCUUUUAUCGAGAUCUUUUCAGGAGAAAUGUCUGCAUUUGAUAAUGUUGUUGGUGGAAAGCUGAAACUGAAGGGGAAGGCUCUGGAUGUGAAAGCAGGUGGAGUGAAGAAAAAGAAGAAGCAAAAGAAGCACCACGAGCAAAUUUCCGAGGUCUUAGAAAAUGAGUUUCCAGAAGGUGGAAGUGAAGAAGCCUUAAUUGAUUCCAACAAGGAAGAGGCCAAUGAAGCAAAAAAAUCGACUGAGGAUAGAAAUGGUGCUAAUUGGGACGACAAUCUUACCCCAGCAGAAAGACGCUACAUGGAUCAAAGGGAUAAAAUUGACAUGCAUAGGCUGGCAAAGACAUCUAAUAAAUCGCACCGUGACCGUAUUGAGGAUUUCAACCAGUAUCUAGCAAAUAUGAGCGAACAUUACGACAUUCCUAAAGUUGGACCUGGUUGA